GCAGCCUUCUGCUGUCCUGCAAUGCCUUCAGCCCUUGACACCAACAUGAGGUUCAAGUUCUCUCUCCUGGCUCUUCUCCUGGAAGUGAUCAUCAUUGUUUUGUUUGGGAUAUUUGUGGAAUAUGACAGAAGCGAUGCCUCCCAGGAAAAUAUAUACCCACUUUUUCAGGAUGUCCAUGUGAUGAUAUUUGUUGGAUUUGGUUUCCUGAUGACCUUUCUGAAGAAAUAUGGAUUCAGCGGUGUUGGUAUCAACAUGCUCAUUGCUGCCUUGGGUCUCCAGUGGGGCACCCUGGUGCAAGGAUUUUGGCACAUGAAAGGAGGAAAAAUUAAUGUUGAUAUCAAAAGCAUGAUAAAUGCAGACUUCAGUACAGCAACUGCUUUAAUUUCAUUUGGAGUAGUCCUGGGGAAAACAAGUCCAGUUCAGAUGCUGAUCUUGACGAUUUUGGAGAUCACAAUCUUUGCAUGCAAUGAACAUCUAGUUACAGAAAUACUGCAGGCCACUGAUGUUGGAGCCUCAAUGACUAUCCAUGCUUUUGGAGCUUAUUUUGGUUUGGCUGUAACCCUAGUCUUGUAUCGUCCUGGUUUGAAAAAUAAACAUGAAAAUGAAGAAUCAAGCCACCACUCUGACAUAUUUGCCAUGAUUGGUACCCUAUUCCUUUGGCUGUUUUGGCCCAGUUUUAACUCUGCCAUUGCACGUGACGAGACUAAAGCAGCUAUCAACACUUACUACUCCCUUGCUGCAUGUGCUGUCGUAACAUUUGCCCUCUCCAGCCUGGUGGAUCAGAGAGGCAAAUUCAGUAUGGUUCUUAUUCAAAAUGCCACCCUGGCAGGAGGAGUAGCAGUGGGUACCUGUGCUGACAUGUCAAUCUACCCUUUUGGUGCCAUGUGCAUUGGGAGUAUUGCCGGGAUCAUCUCUGUCCUUGGGUUCAAGUUCCUGACUCCUUUUAUGGCCUCCAAACUGAACAUUCAUGACACUUGUGGAGUCCAUAAUUUACAUGGUUUACCUGGAAUACUGGGAGGUAUCGCAGGCAUCAUUGUAACCGCAAUGAAAGAAGAAAGCAGGUCAACUGUCCACUUUACUCCUGAAAUACAGGCUGCUGCCCUGGGCAGUACAAUCGGAAUUGCGCUGGUAGGCGGAGUAGUGACAGGUGGCAUUCUAAAGCUGCCCUUUUUGGGACAAGCAUCUGAUCAGAAUUGUUUUGAUGACUCUGUUUACUGGGAGGUUCCAGAAGAAGAGAAACUGCAUGAAAUUCUUUCCAAUAACCAUGAUGAGCACAGUAGAUCUGAAGCCAUGAUGUAGAAAAAAAAAUGUUUUAAAUCUCUAUCCUAAUGGUGCUAUUUUCAGUUUCU